AUGGGAACGGGAGGGGAUGCCGUCAAUCUCAUGGUGUUCUUCGGUCUCUCCAACGCUUUCGGCAGAGCUUUCUUCGGAUAUAUCGCAGACUUUCCAUCACUUAAUCGUAUUAUACUCUAUGGUCUGUCUGUCCUGUCAUACGGUGUGGCCAUUGCACCGGAUGGGGGAUGGGGUUGGGUUGUGGUGUUUGGAUGCUUUAUGAUCAGUCUUAUAAACGAUGGAUUUUUCUACACUACGGGUCUGUUUUACGCCAAAUUCCUAACGGAAUACCACGAGUCAGAGGCAAUCACUUCAUUGUUUAACUCCAUUAUGAUGGGAAUAUACUUUUGCUCAGGUACAGGGAUAGGUGUUUGCGGGACUGGUAUAGGAAUAGCUAUAUUCGCGUUACUGUCGGACCAUUUGAUAGAGACGUACGGCUGGAAGGGAGCGAUGCUUCUGCUGUCGGGCCUUAUGUUCAGUUGUGUCGCCUUUUCGUCGCUCUUCCGGAAAGUGGAUUACAUGGAAGAGAAGAGUGACCUCAAGACAGCCCUCAAAGAGACCUUUGACUUCCGUAUCCUUACGGAUGUGGUGUUCGUAUACUUCUCUUUCGCCAACUUCUUGUACGGUGCCGUCUAUUACGUGCCCAUCAUUUUCCUGAAAGACCACGUCGUGAAGACAGGAAUGGGAACGGGAGGGGAUGCCGUCAAUCUCAUAGUGUACUUCGGUCUCUCCAACGCUUUCGGCAGAGUUUUGUUUGGAUAUAUCGCAGACUUUCCAUCACUUAAUCGUAUUAUACUCUACGGUCUGUCUGUCCUGUCAUACGGUGUGGCCGUUGGUUUGAUCGCUGCUUUCGGACAAAACUAUACAAUUCUCGUCAUUUUAAUCAUUAUUUUCGGUUUGGCUGAAGGUUUGUCUUAA